AUGGGUCUCGCCAGUAAACUAGCAGCUGCGCAAGGAGGCGCUGCCGCAGUCGCAAACUAUGGCGCUGCACCUGGAGCUGGCCAGCACGGCGGCUACCCCGGCCAACAGAACCAGCAGUACCAAGCUUACCCUGGCGGACAACAGCAGGGUCCGCCUUCCGCCGUUCCAGCACCUCUCCAACCAGGCGGGGGAUAUCAACAACAGCAACAGCCUAUGCAAGGAUAUGGCGCCCCUCAGCAAGGCUAUGGAUCGCCAGCUCCAGGCUACGGUUCCCCCGCAGGCCAAGCUUACCAGAGACCUCCUCCGCCUCCGCCGCGACCACAAGGAGGAACAAGCCCAUAUCCAGGACAACCUAGCCCCCACGGUCAACCGCCGCAGCCAUAUAGCCCUUCGCCUUAUCAGUCACAGCCGUACCAGCAACAGCAGCCGCAGGGUGGCUAUGGAGGAUAUGGCGGCCCACCACCUCAGCAAGGCCAGGGCCAAUAUGGCGCACCUCCCCCAAGCGGCGCUCCCGGCUACGGACAGCAACCACCCCCAGGCCAGCAGCAGUAUGGCGCCCCACCUCAGGGAGGCAUGAGCGGCCCGGCCGAUGUCCAGGGCUACCAGCGUGAGCUCGAGCGCGCCGUUCAAGAGAAGCAGUUGCAGGCAUUCUACGGUCCAGGUACACCAGGCGCGCAGAUGCUGCCUCAGAUCGCAGCUCGGGCUGCGCAGUCGGUCGAUCGACUUUGCCAGGCGUGGCGCAUUCAGAAAGAGAUUGCCAACGAUAUCGUGCGACUGGCGCUAUACGAUGUCAUCAUCUACGUUGACGACAGUGGAUCAAUGUCGUUCGAGGAGAAUGGAGAGCGUAUCAAGGACCUGCAGCUUAUCUUGCAGCGAGGCGUCUUCGCUGCCACUCUGUUCGACGAUGAUGGUAUCGACCUCCGCUUCAUGAACGAGGAUCUGCCACCACACGAAGUUUCUGGCAUUCGCAGUGAGCAGCAGGUUGAGCAGAUUCUGUCGCGCAAGCGCUACAAGGGUCUCACUCCAUUCGGUACUGAGCUGCGCAAGAAGGUCAUCGACCCAAUCUUGGUUUCGAAGCUCAACGGCCAGAUGCGCAAGCCGCUCCUGAUUCUUAGUAUCACAGACGGCCAGCCAGCCGGCGAGAACCAGAACACCUUGGUGGAGACAGUACAGUAUGCUGUUCAAGCCGCUCAGCGCUCGCGCUAUGGCACGGGAGCUGUCGCGUUCCAGUUCGCGCAGGUGGGCAACGACCAGAAGGCCACCGAGUUCCUCGCUAAGCUCGAUAAUGACCCCAUGGUUGGCCGUAUGGUGGAUUGCACUUCUAACUAUGAGAAUGAGUCGGCCGAGAUGGCCAGGGCUCAGCCACCAGUCGACUUGACUCCAGACCUCUGGAUGAUAAAACUCAUCCUCGGCGCGAUUGAUCCAAGCUAUGACACCAAGGACGAGAAGACACAUAUGGCGCCAGGCAGUGGUGCACCAGGUGGUUAUGGAGGACCAGCUCCUCCAGGCCAAUAUGGUCAACCACCUCAGCAAGGCUACGGUGCUCCACCACCAGGUCAGCCUCCAUAUGGUCAGCAAGGCGGCUAUGGUCAGCAACCUCCGCCAGGCCAGUAUGGUGGACAGCCACAAUACGGACAGCAACAGGGCCAGCAACAGUACGGUCGCCCACCUCCACCUCCAGGUCAGCAACCCGGUGGCUAUCCCGGACAGCAGCAGUACGGUGGCGGUGCUCCACCACCGCCUCGAUACUAG